AUAGGCUAUUUUUAUCCCAGUACAGUGUGAUGUUUUCUUCGUGAUUCUGAAUCAUCUCCCGUACGAUCCCGACGACUGGACUGGCGACUUCAGCUCAGCUAACUUUUAUUAUUACUGGAAGUGGAAGAGUAUCCAAAGCCCAAAGGAAAUUGUUUGUAUCGAUGCCAAGAAGAUUGACUUGCUUCAAUAGGUGACCAAACAGUCAUACCAAGCAGAUAGACUCAUACAAAAAGAGAUCCCAAAUUCCAGUGACAUAACAACGAGAAGCCGUCAUCAUGCAGGCUUUGUUUGGGAAAAGAAAGACGCCGGAGCAGAUGCUGAAGCAGAACCAGAGAGCUUUGAAUAAAACGAUACGAGAAUUAGACAGAGAGAGGACUCGUAUGGAGCAACAGGAGAAGAAGGUUAUAGCUGAUAUCAAAAAGAUGGCAAAGCUAGGCCAGAUGGAUGCAGUGAAGAUCAUGGCUAAGGAUUUAGUGAGAACAAGGAACUUUGUCAAAAGAUUUAUCUUGAUGAAAGCAAACAUCCAGGCAGUGGCAUUGAAAGUACAGACGUUACGAUCCCAAAGUGCUAUGGCUAACGCUAUGAAAGGUGUCUCCAAGGCAUUAAAAACAAUGAAUUCUAAGAUGAAAUUGCCUCAGAUAGAGAAGAUAAUGAGGGAGUUUGAACGAGAAUCAGAGAUCAUGGAUAUGAAGGAAGAAAUGAUGAAUGAUGCAAUUGAUGAUGUCAUGGAAGGAGAUCAAGAUGAAGAAGAGAGUGAUGCCAUUGUGUCUCAAGUCCUUGAUGAACUGGGUCUGUCAUUAUCAGAUGAUCUAGUUGGUAUCCCGACCACAGGAGGAGCCCUCAAUACCAAGAACAAGGAAUCCGGUAAGGUACCCGUUGCUGAAGGAGUAGGUGAUGCUGACGCUGAUCUUCAAGCUAGACUUGAUAACCUUCGGAGAGAAUAGAAAAUACCAGGAAGCAAAUGGACUUUACACAGCCUUUCAGAGCGGCAUCCUUCAAAUGCUUUCGCUGAGCAAGGAUGGACAAUUUUAGGAAAGAAUAUAGAAGUCAGAAACUUCAGAUACUUUCAACAGUAUGUAUGUCUGACCCACCAGGCACAGAUCCAGCCGAAUUAGACACAUUUCAGGGGUCAUAUUGUUUUUAUACAAUAGUGGGCCUCUCAAAACUGUUAUGUCUAAAACCCCUAUUCCACAGAGAGCUUUGCAAGACCUCUGAACGACUGCUGUAAGACCAAGAAACUUGCUUGAUCUAUCAAAGGUCUUUCAAUAAAAUUUCAAAGAUCUCUCAGGUCUUCCACGCUUCCUGAUUGAUCUUUCAGUGGUGUCCAUGAUCUCCAAAACUGUUUGAAAUGCUUCAAAAGAGUCUUUUUGCAGCCUUUCAGGAAAAUUGUCUUUUGAUGCUCUCUCAACGGUCUUUCAGGAAAAUGGUCUUUUGAUGCUCUUUCAGCAGUCUUUCAGUGGUCUCUUGAUGAACUUUCAAAGUUCAAAUUAGUCUUUCCAUGAUCUUUUGACAGUCUCUUUUUUGUGGAGAUUGCUGAAAGACUCAUGAGAGAUCCUAGAAAGAUCAUUGAAAGAUCACUGAAAGAAGUGAAAGUCCAGGUAAAGUCCAUUGAAAGAAUCUUGAAAGAUCACUUGUUGCAUAAAAGAUCUCUGAAAGGCCAUUGAAAGAUCUUUAUAGGACUAGUCUAAGCCCAGUAAGACAAGAAGUACCAAUCACUUUUUUGGAGUACUUUGAGGGUCUUUCAGAGCCAUUCCACAGAGAUGACAAAUUUCAGUGAUCUUGGAGACUUGUAAGACCUUGCCAAUUUUUGGUGUUUCAAAGGUCCUUCAAAGGUCUCCCUUUUUGUGGGAUGUGGGCCUUAGUUGGCUGGAUCCUCACCUGUGACCCACUAUAUGUGAGAGUUUCCUGAAAUGUUUCAGCUCUGUUUUGUAGGUUAUAUGAAAAGAUGUAAUGCUCUCAAAUUAUCAUAGCAUGAGUGGUUUUUCAAGUGAAGAAAGAAUGGAGAAAAAUAGGACCAGUCACACAAAAAAGUUGUUACCUUAUGGAAUCUGCUUUCAGCUUUUUAUUGGGAGAGCACAGACUUAGUAAUCAAUAACAAAAUCAUGAUAAGACUGAUGCUAACUUGCAAGAGAUGUUUUCAAUUCUUGGGAGAGAGAAGAGUUUCCAAAAUGAAACGGGGGGCCUGUUGCAGAUUAAUAAGCAUUUAAAUGCAACUAAGAAAAUCAAAUGCAAGUCUCGGAUACUCGCUUGUGAUUGGUUAAAGAUCAAGUUGCAUUUGAUGUUUAUAAUGUUUGAUUACAAUUCUUUUUGCAAGGGCUCCAUGGCUCUAUUAAAUGAAAGUAGCAAUGAGCUUGUAAUGACCAAACAUGAUCUUCUAAGUUUACCCUCAAGAGACUAAGGGCUGAUUCAGCUCCCUUUUAACUUUUAAAAAAGGUUUCACAAAAAGCUCUCACCGUUAUGUUUAAUGACUGUACUUCGAGUUUUGCACAAGUUUUGUGAUGCCAGGCUACGUGGUUCUGAUGUUAUUGAACAUUGAAAAAAAUAAUAAAAAGAUUUUAUUUUGAGACCUCUUUUUUUUUUAAAGUAAAUUGGUUUGCUAUUAAAAACUACAAGGAAUUACACACCAUGUGUAGCAUCCACCUAGAGUCACAUUGAACUCUUUAUGAAGUAGACUUCAGAUCUCUAAGUGAUUCCACAAGGUUUGUUAAUAUGAGAGAAUGGAAUGGUAUUAGAUACUAGUUCAUGAUGUGAGAUAUGCCUAACUUUUUCAUGAAGCAGCAUCCAGGUUUCGAUCUUAUUAAAGCAAAGAAUGUUAAUCAUAAAAACAUGUCAUACAUUAGCUCUUGAUGCGAUAUAAGGAUCUGUUUUCUUUCGUUUUGUUUGUACUCUUUCAGUUGAUAAUCCUGAAGAAUCUUUCAAGAAUCAUUCAACUCAAUGUUACCCUUAUCCUAUUUAAAAGAUCUAUUGAGAUACAGAAAUGCCAAAUCUCAGUCUACUUUGCAUUUGAUCUCAUUCCACAUCUUCUAAGACCCUGUUCUCAUUUCAUUCCUAAAACUAGUUUAAUGGAAACUGUUAAAGGACAAGUCCACCCCAACAAAAAGUUGAUUUGAAUAAAAAGAAAAAAAUCCAACAAGCAUAACAAUUAAAAUUUCAUCAAAAUCAGUUGUAAAAUAGGAAAGUUAUAUUUUAAAGUUUCGCUUAAUUUCACAAAACAGUUAUAGGCACAUCCUGGCUGGUAUGCAAAUGAGGAGACUAUGAUGUCAUCCACUCACUAUUUCUUUUGUAUUUUAUUAUAUGAAAUAUGAAAUACUCUUCUUUUCUCCUCAUUGUCAAGUGAUACAAUGAUUAUUCCUCCCUGAACAUGUGGAAUUACCAUUGUUUAAUACUAUAUGGUUCAGUCAAGUUGGUCCUUGUUGUCAAAUCUAUAUAAAAAAAUGAAAUAUUGUAUUAUUCAAACAAUAAAAAACAAAAGAAAUAGUGAGUGAUGGUAAUCAUCGACUGACUCACCUAGUUGUGCAUAUCACUGAUUUGUGAAAAAUAAGCGAAACUUUAAAAUGUCAUAACUUUCUAAGUUUUCUUAUUUUACAUCCGAUUUUGAUGAAAUUUUCAGCACUAUGCUAGUUUGAUUUUUCUCUAUUUAUUCAAGUCAGCAUUUUCCUGGGGUGGACUUGACCUUUAACGUGUAAUGGGAAUGCUCGAAGUGGUCUUUGAAGAGAUCAUAAGUGGUUUUCCUCACCAGUUAAGAAAAUAAUGUGUGGUGGACUCAAUUAGUGGAGGUUGAAGAUUUAUUUUUGAGGAUUUUACUCUUAUUACUGUUUGUGAAAUUUAUUAUUCAUUCAUUUUAUUUAUAUCCGUUAAAUUCCUUCUUUCCUCAUAUGUGGUCUGUUGAAAGUUAUUCUGUAAAUAUUUAGUCAUGGUUGCCUUUGUAAAUUAUGAUUUUAUAUGAACUUGAUGAAUCUAAUCAUUUUAUAUGAUGUUACUGAUGUGGAAUUUACAGCUGAAAAAAAAUGUAGUCUAUAAUGAAAAACUAACGCAUUGGUGUAAAAUGCAUUAUGAUAUUCCAUAUGAAGAAAGCUGGGCUGUAGAACAUGAAUUUUGAUUCUUUAUUGCACAAAGAAAAUAGAAAUUAAUUGCAAUUGUAUGAGUGAACAUGCAAAAUUUCAUUGCUAUUAUAUUGCUAUAAAUUAUGCAGACUUCCCAAGAAGGACAUAUCAUACAUAGGCCUAGGGUGCAAAUUCACAAAGCUAUUUCAAAUAUAUAGUCUGAAAAUCAAAAGUGGAUUUUCUGCAUUAAUAACAGAUCUCAGAUAACGUACUUGUAACUAAGGUUACAGCAUUAAUGAGCCUUUGGACUGUUUCAUGAAUUUAUUAAUUCUAUUUGAAGAAACCCGAAAGGGAACUAACUUCAAAGAGCUAGCCUUGAAAUUAGCUUUGGUAAUUACUUUUUUAAGUGAUCACAUUAAAAAAAAAUUUAAUCAUUAGAAAGAUUACAAUACUUGUAGUUUAAAAGUGCACUGCUGAAAGUGAGAAAGAUUUAUAUUUAUAAAGAGAUGAUAUGUAUUAUUAAGUCAUUGAACUUGUAUCGCUAUAAUAAGGAAAAUAUUUACAUGUAUAGUAUGAAAUACUUUUAAAAAAUAUCAA